AUCUCUUUUUUUGCUGUAGAUGUGGCGUGCUGCCGUCACGCCUCCCGCUGCCAGCCCAGCACUGGGAUCUUAAUCAGUCACUAUGAAAACUCAUUAGCUCCACAGCAAUGAUUCCUCCACUGCUGAAGCUUGGCGCUGUGCUUAGUGCCAUGACAAUGAUCUCAAACUGGAUGUCCCAAACUCUCCCAUCCUUGGUAGGACUGAAUACCACAAGGCUGUCGACGCCAGAUACCUUAACUCAGAUUAGUCCCAAAGAAGGGUGGCAAGUGUACAGCUCAGCACAGGAUCCUGACGGACGAUGCAUUUGCACAGUGGUGGCACCGGAACAGAACCUGUGUUCCCGGGAUGCCAAAAGCAGGCAACUUCGCCAGCUGCUAGAAAAGGUUCAGAACAUGUCCCAGUCUAUUGAAGUCUUAAACUUGAGAACUCAGAGAGAUUUCCAAUAUGUUCUAAAAAUGGAAACCCAAAUGAAAGGGCUGAAGGCCAAGUUUCGGCAGAUUGAAGAUGAUCGGAAGACACUAAUGACCAAGCAUUUUCAAGAGCUGAAAGAGAAGAUGGACGAACUCCUGCCCUUGAUCCCUGUGCUGGAACAGUACAAAACAGAUGCCAAGUUAAUCACCCAAUUCAAGGAGGAAAUCCGGAAUCUGUCUGCCGUGCUCACUGGGAUUCAGGAGGAAAUCGGUGCCUAUGAUUACGAGGAACUCCAUCAAAGGGUGCUGAGCUUGGAGACCAGACUUCGGGACUGCAUGAAAAAGCUAACAUGUGGCAAAUUGAUGAAAAUCACAGGCCCAAUUACAGUCAAGACAUCUGGAACACGAUUUGGUGCUUGGAUGACAGAUCCUUUAGCACCUGAAAAAAAUAACAGAGUCUGGUACAUGGACAGUUACACUAACAACAAAAUUGUCCGUGAGUACAAAUCAAUCGCAGACUUUGUUAGUGGGGCUGAAUCAAGAACAUACAACCUCCCUUUCAAAUGGGCAGGAACUAACCAUGUUGUCUACAAUGGCUCGCUGUAUUUUAACAAGUAUCAGAGUAACAUAAUCAUCAAAUACAGCUUUGAUAUGGGGAGAGUGCUUGCCCAACGAAGCCUGGAGUAUGCUGGCUUCCACAACGUUUAUCCCUACACCUGGGGUGGAUUCUCUGACAUCGACCUAAUGGCUGAUGAAAUCGGGCUGUGGGCUGUGUAUGCAACUAACCAGAAUGCAGGCAAUAUUGUCAUCAGUCAACUUAACCAAGAUACCUUGGAGGUGAUGAAGAGCUGGAACACCGGCUAUCCCAAGAGAAGCGCAGGAGAGUCCUUCAUGAUCUGUGGGACACUGUAUGUCACCAACUCCCACUUAACUGGAGCCAAGGUGUACUAUUCCUAUUCCACCAAAACCUCCACAUAUGAGUACACAGACAUUCCCUUUCAUAACCAAUACUUUCACAUAUCCAUGCUUGACUACAAUGCCAGAGAUAGAGCUCUUUAUGCCUGGAACAAUGGUCACCAGGUCCUGUUCAAUGUCACCCUUUUCCACAUCAUUAAGACUGAGGAUGACACAUAAGCAAAUGUAAUUUGUUUUCAUUGAUCUAAACAGUGUCACUUUUGAUAAACUCUAUAGGACCCUUUUUUUUUCUUUUUAAAACUUUUCACCAUUUCUCCAAAGCAUUUUUUAUUAUAAAGUGGGUGUUUCAAAAAACAGCUGAGCCUGUCUAAAUUAACCUAUUGGAAACACAUCUUAACUCCUAAAUUUACAAGGCCUAUUAUGUCCUUGUCAUGAAAAGCACUAAAAAGAGCUUAAGUGGCUAAAGUCAUAGUUUUGCAAAAGAUUAAUGAUCUGCCUUAUAUUAAAGUCAGAGACUAAUGGUAGCUUAAAUGCAUGAAUGUCUCUCUUUUUUUUUUUUUAACUGUCAUUUUUUACUGUCUUUAGCUCCACAUCAGGAAUCAUUUUGGUAGGAAUCGGAAAAAAAUAAAAGCACUUUCCCCCCAUCUAUUUCUAAAAAAAGAUUUAAGGAUUUUAUUUAUAUGGAAAAAUAAUAUCAAUCAUUUUGCUGUUCUACAAUCUCCAAUGCGGUGCUGUACAGUCAUUUUUAAAUCUCUUGCUAACAUUUUAUUGGCAAUAUGUAUUUCUAGCAUUGUAACCACCAUUGUGCAAUUGUAUCUCUUCACUUCUGUGAAAAUAAGUAAUAUUUUUUAUAAAAUACACUGAAGUUUAAUCUCAGUAAUUGCUAUGGGACAAUUUUCAAGUGUGGUCAAGAAGGAAGUAUCUUCUUGGCUUACCCCUUUACAUAGUAUUAUAAGCUAAAAAGAAAAUCAAACCAGAUUCCUUAGAUAGAGUCUUUAUUUUAUCCCAAGUUCACUGGACCCCAACACUGAAUGCUAAAUGGAUUCAGUAUGGAGGAGUAGUUCAUUUACUCCACUGAAAGCAACCCUCAUAGUAGCCUGCAAAGAUACAGCUAAGUCACAAAAAUUGGAUUUGAGUUGACUAUUACACAACCAAACAAAUUUUGUUCUUCAUAAUUAAAUAUAUUAAUGUUUUAACUUAUAUUUUAAACACAACUUGCAAUAAUAUAAUUCCUUGUGUCAGGACUCUAAAAAUACAUGAAGCACAUAUAAAAACUCUUAAGAAAAUUUCUGUAAUUUUAUCUAGACUUACAUUAUAAACUCUGGAGAGUUAUUGGCAAGAUUUAUGCAAAAGAAAAUGAUGGGAAAACUUGGGAGUUGUCUGUGUGGUUUAAAUGUGCAAACAACCAAUUCAGAAAACAUGAUGGAAAGGCAACCCCUUGUUACCCUGAUUCACUGUGUGUACAGAAACACUGUAACCAAAAAAGAAAGCUUUAAUAAUAUUUUAUGUUAGUAACUCCAAAAACAUAUAAUCAAUAUAUAUAAAACAUGUCACUGAGUUUGGAUAUACUUUCCGUAUAUUAAAAAUACUUACCUAAGGCAAUUUUACAGAAACUAUUAAUAGUAUGGGUUGGUUUUAUAAUUUAAAAAGUAUAUUCUAUAAUAAAUAAUAUAUAACAAGUUGUAAAUGUUUAGUUUUACACAUACAUAAUACUGUAAUUUCUUUGUAAAGUAAGGAUAUAACAAUUCAGAUAAAGCAUUGUGUAAAGAAAUGCUAAUACUUAAGAGUAAUUCAUCUCAAUUGUCACAAGCAAAACUUCAUUCUCAAAUAGCUCCCUGUCAAAACUGUAGGAUUAAAUAACCCAAUCUUGAAAUUGUUAAAAUUUAACAAAGAUUUGUUUUUCUUUUGCCUACGGGGUCCUUUUGCAAUGUUGUCUUCUCUUUGAAAAUAUUUAUGUAAGUUCUCCUCUGCUUUGGAGUGUUAGAAAAUUUAGGGGGUUUACUUGUCAUUGUACACACAUCACAAAAAUAAUCAGCCAAUAUCAAGUGUUUGUAUAUCAAGAGUUUCUUUGAAGAAAGUCAACUUCAGAAAUGAAUGAGUUUUUAAGUAGAUGGCCUCUGAUGAAUAGCUGGGUCUUCAUUACUUGUUUUUUAAAAAAUGAUGUAAUAUGGUAUCAUGUACAUUCAAAACCUGGACUAUCACAGCUUUUUUGUGAGAUGUGCAGCUUGUAAAGCACUUUAUUGUUUUCUGUGUGAGGUUUCAUCAACAUCUCCAAUUUAUAGUGUGUGUGCUGCUAGAGCAAGCACAGAUUUUAGUACUGUCACUAGAAGUGAGGUAACAUGAGUUUAAAAAUGUGAUUUGCAUUAAACAUUUACAGUAUAAGAGCAUUUUUCUUAAUAAAUUAUUAUCAGUUUUGUGCCUGAAAUAAAUAAGAACUUACUGUAAUCACUGUUUUUUUUAUCUCAAAUAAAUAAAUUUUAUGAGGGAAAUGAGUAUUUUUAAAUCAUCCACAUAAUAUAAUCAGUAAAGAAUUCUAAGCUCAGAAAGUCCUAAUCUCAAGUGAACUGUGUAACUGUUAUUUUCGUACUUAGCCUGAUUAUUAACAAACUUCUGUGUCAUUGAAAUAAUAAUAUAAUCAUGGUCUGAUUGUGUUUGCA